AUGUUGCAAGAGACCCUCAUUGAGGAAGUAAAGCUCUCAGGUUACCGGCCCCACGCCAGCCCACCAAGCUUCCGGACCGCGGCCGGCAGUAACGGCAGGGGAGUUUGCACCUUGGUGAGAAAAGGCCUCACGUACGUCGAGCACGAGUUAUUGAGCAAAAGCCCAAUCGAGCACACCAUGGUAGAGGUGGUUACCGGGAAAAAGCAGAAGGAAAGCACUUUUCUGGUAAACGUGUACAGUAGCCCGUCACACGGAAAGCAGAAAUUCAAAGCACUGUUACACAAAGCGUGCAAAGUCGCGGGGCCCGACAACAGGCUGGUAAUCUGCGGGGACUUCAACGCGCCGAAUCAAGCCUGGGGUUACCCCAAAACAUUGGCAAAGGGCAGGGACCUAAUGCAAGAUGCUACCGACUUGGGACUAAAUCUAAUGACCGACCCAGCAUACCCUACAAGAAUCGGCAACUCGAUCACCCGAGACAAAACGCCCGAUCUCACUUUCAUCAGGAGUAAUGGCGGUGGUAUGGAGGACUUCGAAUGGCGCAACACGGGCCACGAAUUGGGAAGUGACCAUUACAUUGUGGAGGUCGUUGUCCCGCUCGGUGGUAACGACGGAGUUGGCAGAAGCCUUCGGAAACAUAGAUUUACUGACUGGGACGCGUUUCGAGGAUUGUUACCCGAGGAGCAAACCGAAAUUACGGACAUUGAGGAGUGGUCCGCCGAGAUUGUAAACAAGGUAGAAAAGGCCACCAAGGAAGUCGAGACGGACGAGCGUGUCCACAGGGUCGACAGCCACCUCGCCCACCUCAUCGCAGCCAAGCAGUUCAUCCUGUCAAGGUGGAAGACGCAGAGGACAAACAGAAAGCUACGCAAGAAGGUCGCCGAACUCAACCGCGAGAUCGAGUCCCACAGCCGAGUGCUAUGCACACAGGAAUGGAAUGAGGUUUGUAACGCAGCGGACGGCCAGAUGCACUGCGGCAAGACGUGGAGCAUGCUGAGGCAUCUUUUGGAUGCGACCACGACCAAGUCUCACCAGCACCACAACUUGGCCAAGAUCAUCCACAGGGCGCUGACCGAGCACGGGGAAGACGAAGUGAAGAAACGCCUCGACGACAAGUACCCCCCGGUCACUCCCACAGAGACGCACCCGGACUACCUAGGCGAAGCAAACGAGUGGCUAGAUCGAGACAUUGAAGUAUGGGAAGUAAGGGUUGCCCUGCACGAUCUCAACAGCAACUCCGCCGCUGGUCCCGACCGCGUUACGAACAGAGCGCUAAAAAAUCUUAACGAAGCGGCCAUCGAGAACCUCAAGGCAUACUUCAACACUUGCUGCUGUUCCACUUCGCCGACGAGCAACACCGUGAUGCUGCCUGCGCCCCCACACUGA